UGAUAAUCUAAAUGUUAACACUUCCUAUACACCACCCUCCCCAGACUUCACUUCACUUGUGGGACUACAAUAAGUUUAUUGCUGUUGUUGUUAGUACUACCCAGGGCAGAGCCAGAUAUGGCCGACGAACCCCAUAUGGCAUUAAGUACACUGCUUAAACAUGUAUGUACAUUUUCAUAUUUUAAACCCCUUCCUAGAAACACUGACUCUGUCAUUGAAUACUACAUAUAUAAUAAAUCCCUUAACGAAAAUACUGACUCUGACCACUACAUAUAUAAAUAAGAUCAUUCCUUAAUUCCUCCUAUAUGAUAUAUCUCGUGAAUGGCUUUUAAUUCCCCACCAAAACCAAAACGGUGAGUAAAUAAAUGCUGCCACCAAAUUAUACAGAGCAACCUCUGUUUUUUCCCCCUAAAAAAAACAUCAUUUUCUUCUCUUUAGUAUUUCAUCAAACACUUUGUGUGCAUUCUUGAAAACGUAACAAAUGGAAUCAACAUUAUGGAGCUUAGAAGACAAAUGGAAGCUCUCAACUCAAGAAUCCAUUGCAUUUUUCAUUUGCAUUUGUUCUUUAGUCAUUGGAAUUUGCAUAGUUACUGUUUUUAUCAGAAUAAGAGCAGCCACUAGGAGAAAGGGGCUAGUGGGCCAAGACCCAUGUAGCAUGGAUAACGAUAUAGAAUGGUCUGAGUCAAAGCUACUGAGUUUAAACACUUCCGUCAAGAAAGUGUUGACGAGUACGGUACGGUGGAGUGGGCCAAGCAAGUGGGAGGAGAAUCGAAGCAAGAGUCAUAUGGAGAGAGUUUCUCCCUUACUUGUUGCUGAAGGUCAACUUGAGGGCGAGUCUAGUCGGUGGCACAGCCACAACUCGGACUCGCCCGUGUGGCAAAGACCUAUAUUGAUGGGUGAAAAGUGUGAGCUGCCAAGGUUUAGUGGGCUUAUUUUGUAUGAUGAGAGAGGCAGGCCAGUUCAUCAUGUUGACAAUGAUCAAUUCAUCGUUAAUCAGGAAAAUGUGGAUGGUAUUGGGAGAACUACUCUGAAGGACUUGCUGCUGUGAUUUUGCUUUGAUAUAUUCACAUUUUUUUGUAAAGAAAGUAUGUGUCAACUUAUGAGAAGGCAAAUUAAGCAAAUCUAGCACGUAGAUGCGUAUUUUUUUGUUUCUUCUUGACCUAUGUGUGAAAUUUUCAGUCGAAUUCAAGAUUUAGAGUUAGAUUAUAGUAUGUAAUUUGCAUUUUUUUUUCUAUUUUUAAAUUAUAUACAAGACAAAGGUUAAUCUA